GAACAAAAUAAGAAGGCGUGAAUCCUUUGAACUCAAAUAGAUGUGUCGCAAUUCCCUUGCCGUACUGGAAAAACUGACGGGUCACUCCAAACUGCAAUUGACACCUUGAAAGGGAAGGCUUGAGACAACUACACAUAGAAAGACCAGACUAGCAGAGAAGACUAGAGGUCCAAGUCUUAACCAUUUGCCCAAGACUAUGGGGACCUUGACUCUCCAUUCCACAACCAGCUUCACAGUUUCGUCCAUACCCAUGGCAGGUAUGAUUCAUGGAUUGCUCAUAGCACUGGCACUCUUGUGUCUCACAAUCAACACCAGGGGCAUAUCUGCGUGCAUCGUCUCGGAGAGGGAUGCGCUGUCCGCCUUCAACGCCAGCAUCAACGACCCUGAUGGGAGGCUACGCUCAUGGCAAGGAGGAGACUGCUGCAACUGGGCAGGUGUGAGCUGCAGCAAGAAGACUGGCCAUGUAAUCAAGCUGGACCUCGGUGGGUACUCACUCAAAGGACAUAUCAACCCAUCUUUGGCCGGUUUGACCAGAUUGGUGCACCUCAACAUGAGCCAUGGUGACUUUGGUGGGGUUCCCAUCCCAGAAUUCAUAUGCUCUUUCAAGAUGUUGAGGUACCUUGAUCUCUCGCAUGCCGGUUUUCACGGGACGGCUCCUGAUCAACUUGGUAACCUGCCCAGGCUCAGCUAUCUUGACCUGGGCUCAUCCGGAGCUCCUGCGAUCACUGUGGAUAGCUUCCACUGGGUUUCGAAGCUAACCUCCCUGAGGUAUCUCGACCUCAGCUGGUUGUAUCUUGCUGCUUCAGUGGAUUGGCUGCAGGCAGUGAACAUGCUCCCGUUGCUAGGAGUGCUUCGUCUGAAUGAUGCUAGUCUUCCUGCCACUGACCUGAAUUCUCUUUCUCAGGUCAACUUCACUGCCCUUAAGCUUCUUCAUCUCAAGAGUAACAACUUGAAUUCCUCCUUGCCAAAUUGGAUUUGGAGGCUAUCUACACUUUCAGAGUUGGACAUGACUAGCUGUGGGCUUUCGGGCAUGAUUCCUGAUGAGCUAGGCAAACUGACAUCACUUAAGCUCUUAAGAUUGGGGGACAACAAGUUGGAAGGAGUAAUACCAAGAUCAGCUAGUAGGUUGUGCAACUUGGUUCAAAUUGAUUUGUCCAGAAACAUUCUGUCUGGAGAUAUUGCAGGAGCAGCAAAGACCGUGUUCCCCUGCAUGAAGCAGUUGCAGAUCCUUGACCUUGCUGGUAACAAAUUAACUGGAAAACUAUCUGGUUGGCUUGAGGGCAUGACAAGCUUAAGAGUUCUUGAUCUCAGUGGGAACUCUCUAUCUGGAGUUGUCCCAGUCAGUAUUGGUAACUUGUCGAACUUGAUAUACUUGGAUUUUUCCUUUAACAAAUUCAAUGGCACAGUAUCAGAACUCCACUUUGCCAAUUUAUCAAGAUUAGAUACGUUAGAUUUGGCAUCAAAUUCCUUCGAGAUUGCUUUCAAACAAAGCUGGGUACCACCCUUUCAGCUAAAGAAGCUAGGGAUGCAAGCUUGCCUAGUAGGUCCAAAGUUCCCAACUUGGCUGCAGUCACAAGCUAAAAUUGAGAUGAUUGAUCUAGGCAGUGCAGGGCUCAGGGGGCCAUUACCUGACUGGAUCUGGAACUUCUCUUCGUCAAUCAGUAGCUUAAAUGUCUCAACAAACAGCAUAACUGGAAUGUUGCCUGCAAGCUUGGAGCAAUUGAAGAUGCUGACAACUCUGAACAUGAGGAGUAAUCAACUUGAGGGAAACAUUCCAGAUUUGCCUGUCAGUGUUCAAGUGUUGGAUCUAUCCGACAACUACUUAUCGGGAUCAAUUCGACAGAGCUUUGGAAACAAAAAAUUGCAUUACUUGUCGCUGUCACGUAAUUUCAUUAGUGGAGUUAUCCCAAUAGAUUUAUGUAACAUGAUAUCAGUGGAACUGAUUGACCUAUCCCACAACAACCUUUCAGGGGAGCUUCCCGAUUGUUGGCACGAUAAUUCAGAACUGUAUGUCAUAGACUUCUCAAGCAAUAAUUUCUGGGGAGAAAUACCAUCUACCAUGGGUUCUCUGAAUUCCCUUGUGUCACUGCAUCUCAGCAGGAACAGAAUGUCUGGAAUGUUGCCCACCUCAUUGCAGUCAUGUAACAUGUUGACGUUUCUUGAUCUUGCACAGAAUAAUUUGUCAGGAAACCUACCAAAAUGGAUAGGUGGUCUACAAUCUCUGAUACUUCUGAGUUUGGGGUCCAAUCAGUUCUCUGGUGAAAUACCUGAAGAAUUGUCCAAACUUCCUUCUCUGCAAUAUUUGGAUCUUUGUAACAACAAAUUAUCUGGCCCUCUACCACAUUUCCUGGGAAACUUAACGGCCUUGCACUCGAAAUAUCCAGAAUUUGAGACAUCGCCUUUUCCUGAGUUCAUGGUUUAUGGUGUUGGAGGUGCUUACUUUUCUGUGUACAGAGAUGCCUUGGAGGCAAUGUUCAAUGGUAAAAGAGUUAUUUUUGGGAGGAACAUAUUCCGGCUUACAGGCAUUGAUCUAUCAGCCAACCUAUUAACUGGUGAGAUUCCCAGUGAAAUAGGAUUUCUGUCUGCAUUACUCUCAUUGAAUCUGUCAGGGAAUCACAUUGGAGGAAGUAUUCCUGAUGAACUGGGAAGCAUUACAGAUUUAGAGUCACUCGAUCUCUCACGGAAUUAUUUAUCAGGUCCAAUUCCUCACAGCUUGACAUCACUGGCAGGUUUGGCCCUGCUGAAUAUAUCCUACAAUGAUCUUUCAGGAGAGAUUCCGUGGGGAAACCAAUUCUCAACUUUUGAAAAUGACUCGUUCUUGGAAAAUGAAAAUCUCUGUGGGCUUCCACUUUCCAGAAUCUGUGUACCCGAGAGUAACAAACGUCGACACCGUAUACUUCAGCUCAGAUUUGACACGUUGACAUAUCUAUUUACACUGCUGGGGUUCACAUUCGGAAUCUCCACUGUUUCCACCACCAUGAUAUGCAGCGCGGCUGCAAGGAAGGCCUACUUUCAGUUCACCGACAGGGUACUCAACAACUUCUGUGCUGCAGUUCAGAUAAAGCUUAGCAUCAACAGGAUGUCAGCAGGAAGAGACCUCUUCAUGGCAACACGGAGCCAGGACUCCAUCACUUGCUAUGAGUUGGAACAGUCUCCCACUGCUAUUUACUGAAACAUUUUGUAAUGCGAAGAUCUACUGAUAAGACAACGCCCAGGUAGAUAAAAGAGGAUCAGGUCCGUGCUCCCACAGAUCCGACUGUAUCUCUGAAGAAUAAACUUCGCAUUGCUACGGAUCACAAACGUCAAACGGCACACCUGUUUCAUCUGCAGAAUCGCGAUGUAAAGUUCGAGGGAAGGACGGAGGAUUUAUUUACCAGAAAUGCUUGCCUGCGGCGGCGGAAGAGGGAAGCCGGCGCGGCUGUCAGAUGCGGCCGCCGUCUCGGCUCCGCUAGGCGCGCCGCACGGCGGUUGGGCUCCGGAGAGAGAUGCGGCCGCCGUUGUGAGCCGGGCGUGGAGGGGGCCCGCCUGUCCGCCGGCGGCAGAAGCAGAGGCAGAACCAGCACGGACCACAUGAUAGCAGAAGCCACAUGAGAACAGCCAAGACAGGGGAGUUCCAUGGCUAGAAUUUGAAUUGCCUUGUUCACUUUCAAAUUUCAACAAGAAGGGUUUAUGUCUGACUCGACUACUAGUGGCAAGCUUCUUCUUUUCUUUAUAUAUCAAGUUUCACUAUUACAAAUUUAAA